CAAGGAAACGGUGCUGCACAAUUUUCGUUGGGACAUUGCUAUAAGUAUGGUAUCGGAACAGAUAAAAAUGUAAAGGAAUCAUUCAGCUGGUACUUAAAAUCCGCCGAAGGAGGAUAUAAGUUAGCGUAUUUACCUGUGGGAGAUUGUUAUUUGCAUGGUAAAGGUGUAAAGCAAAACACUGACAAAGCGUGGGUGUGGUAUCAAAAAGCUACUACCUAA